AUGGCUACCCAGACAGCGACGAUGACCAAUGGUACUAAUGGUAUCAAGGCGAAUGGCAAGAUCAAGUCUAAAAAUCAGUUGCGUCGCCUGAAGGCGAAGCAGAAGAAGGAGCAGGAGAAGUCGGGGACACCGAAGCCGGACGUGAAGAUGGAGGAGGAUGGUGUGCAGCCUAUGGAUGUCGAGUACGUACCUGAGCAGUUGGAUGUCAAAGGCCCUGCCCUCGAAGGAUUCUCCUCCGUGUUUGCUCGUUUUCAGCCGCCUCCUGAAUCAGCAUUUAAAGGAGAGAUCAUCUACUCUGAUGAUGAUAUGGCCUCAGAGGGUGACUCGGAUGCUGAAGAGAAGAAGCCCCUCUCGAAAAAGAAAGCCCGCAAGAUGAAUCGACUUACCGUAGCAGAGUUGAAGCAACUUGUGAAGAAGCCUGAGGUCGUCGAGUGGACAGACGUCACCGCCUCUGACCCUCGCCUACUUCUCCACCUCAAGAGCUACCGCAACACGGUCCCCAUCCCAAGCCACUGGAGCGCAAAACGAGAUUACUUGCAGGGCAAGCGGGGUAUUGAGAAGCCUCCGUUCCAACUACCCUCGUACAUUGCAGACACCGGGAUCGCAACGAUGCGGGAUGCCGUGAAAGAGAAGGAGGCCGGCAUGUCCCUCAAGGCGAAGACGCGUGAGCGCGUGCAGCCGAAGAUGGGCAAGGUAGACAUUGACUACCAGAAGCUGCACGACGCCUUCUUCAAAUUUAUGACAAAGCCGAAUGUCACUGGCUUCGGCGAGAUGUAUUAUGAAGGCAAGGAGUUUGAGACACAGCUGAAGCACAAGCGUCCUGGUGACUUGUCCCCAGAGCUCGUGGAGGCAUUGUCAAUUCCUCCGCUCGCGCCACCUCCCUGGCUCAUUAGCAUGCAACGUUUUGGUCCACCCCCAAGUUACCCUACCUUGCGGAUACCCGGUCUCAAUGCUCCUAUUCCCGAAGGUGCGCAGUGGGGCUUCCAUCCAGGUGGUUGGGGUAAGCCCCCUCUUGACGAAUACAAUCGUCCUUUGUAUGGUGAUGUCUUCGGCGUAAUGCCCAAGAACAAUGAUGCCGAUAUGGGCGAGCCCGUUGAUCGCAACUUCUGGGGUGAGCUAGAGCCCGAAGAAGGUAUGUCAUGUCUGAAGCGCUUUGAAUUAUUCGAGGAAGAAAGCGAAGAGGAGGAAGAGCAGCAACCCGCACCGCAGGACGGCAUGCAAACACCGUCAGGAAUGGAGACGCCAUCCGGCAUGACCAGUGUCGUCUCGACAGUUGCGGGAGGACUCGAGACGCCAGACUUCCUGGAGCUUCGCAAAAAUGCUGGACGGGCACAAUCAGAAGCGGUCGAGUCAGGACCAAGAUCAUUGUAUCAGGUUGUCCCCGAGAAGCAGGCCUCGGUACGCGGGCUUAUGGGAAGCGAACGGGGAUACGACGUCAGUGCUGUUACCGGCGGCGGUGCUAUUCCCGUGCUCGGAGACGAGCGUGGCUCCAAACGCAGAGGGAACGGCGUGGAAGUUUCCAUCGAUGCAGGGGAACUGGAAGGCAUGUCGGAAGACGAGCUGCGGCGGAAGUACGAGCAACAUGCUCGUGGCUCCGCUGGUGUCCCCGGUGCAAACGGCCGAGAAGACUUCUCGGAUAUGAUCGCGAAGGAGACAUCAAGGAGACGACAGAAGGAGCGGGAGAGGGAGAACAGAAAAGAGAAGGAAUUCAAGUUCUGA